AGUUCUCACUAAAUGUACCCAUGCAAACAUUACAAUAUAAAUUUAAUUCAAACGCUUUUUCUUCUUCUUUUUUUGAGUGCUUUAAUAUUACUUUUUGCAAUCCCUGUAAUCAUUUAGUGUAAGAUAGAAUGUCCAAUUCAGCAGCUGAAAAUACAGAAACCGGUAGCAAACUCAACUUAACAUCCGUGAUGUCUACUUGCGCUUCAGCAUUGCAAAAUUUCAAACCUCUCAGUAAUGUCUGUGAGAGCUUUUGUGGUAUUCAUCCCUUUUGCGACAAUAUUAAUAAGCAAAUUGUCGCCUAUCAUUUCUGUUCCAUGUUGGAUGAGGACCGUCGACAAUGUUUGAUAUAUGACGAUGAUGGACCAAACGCAAAGCUGAUUGCUGUGGAAUAUAUCAUUUCCGAUAAAUUAUUUAAGGAGCUUCCGGAAGAAGAAAAGAAAUACUGGCAUUCUCAUAAAUAUGAAGUGGAGAGCGGCAUGUUGGUAAUGACAUCCAAAUCACUCGUCCCGAAUGCAGUUGCUACUGCCACUGAGAAUCAACAAUUGAAAGCAAUUAUAAACACAUAUGGUAAAACAUGGCAACUGUGGCCUGUAGACGAUAAUAACAAAUGCUCAUCAAAAGUACCCUACGGACCGCCCCAAUUAGUUAUGGCAUUUACAAAGGAUGGCCAGGUCAAUCCUCAACUUCUUAAAGAGCGAGAUGAUCAUAUGGGUAUAAGCACUAAAGAAAAGAGGAAAGCUAGGGAAGGUGUGUUAGUGGGCAAUGUGCCCUUAAGUGGAGCGGACCAUUGGCAAUUCAAAGAGCCAUUCCAAAUCAAAGAACAUUGAGCAUGAUUAUUAUAUUACCCCUACAUAUUGCAGAACGAUAUCAAAAUAAAAAAUCAGUGAAUUUUUUGUUGUA